AUGGGUAUGUGUCACUGCCUCAGAUGUUUUCCAGCUCGCCAAGUCCCCGCUCCCCUCUGCCGGCUCCACCUCCGGGCCCGGGCCCGCCUCCCCCAGCCCGGGCACGACGCCCUCCAUCAUAUAAAGAAACUUCCCGGUGCCGCCGACCCAGUCGCCGUGCGCCCCGUCUCAGCGGCCACCCGGCAGCCGGCGGCCCCUGCCCGCUCCCAGUGCCGCGACAGAGCCCCCCAGAGAGCUGGUCCUUGGACGUCUGUGGAGAGGUCAGCUUGGUGGGGCAUCCCAAAAAACUCCCACCCAACCUCUGACACAAGUGGCAUGAACUUGGAGCCGGGCGAGUGCGGGAUGAACUCGGUGAGCUGUGGCAACGGGAAACUCCGCCAGUGGCUGAUCGACCAGAUAGACAGUGGCAAGUACCCCGGGCUGGUGUGGGAGAACGAUGAGAAGAGCAUCUUCCGCAUCCCCUGGAAGCAUGCUGGCAAGCAGGACUACAACCGUGAGGAGGAUGCUGCCCUCUUUAAGGCUUGGGCUCUUUUUAAAGGAAAGUUCAGAGAGGGCAUUGAUAAACCAGAUCCCCCUACCUGGAAGACAAGAUUAAGGUGUGCUUUGAACAAGAGCAAUGACUUUGAAGAAUUGGUGGAGAGAAGCCAGCUGGACAUCUCAGAUCCCUAUAAAGUGUACAGAAUAGUGCCAGAAGGAGCUAAAAAAGGUGCAAAGCAAAUCAGUAUGGAGGAGCAACCAUUAAUGAUGAACCAUCCCUUUCCAAUAACCUCUCCUUACACUGCACUACCAUCCCAGGUACCGAACUACAUGUUACCCCAUGAACGGAACUGGAGGGAGUUUGCCCCGGAGCAGCCACAUCCUGACAUUCCCUACCAGUGCGCCAGCGUCCCCUUCCCGGCUCGCAGUCAUCACUGGCAAGGACCCGGCUGUGAAAAUGGUUGUCAGGUGACAGGAACCUUUUAUGCUUGUGCUCCUCCUGAGUCCCAGACUCCCGGCAUCCCGAUUGAGCCAAGCAUAAGGUCUGGUGAAGCCCUUGCCCUGUCAGACUGUAGACUCCACAUCUGCUUAUAUUACCGUGAAAUACUGGUGAAGGAGGUGACAACUUCUAGUCCUGAAGGUUGUAGGAUAUCCCAUGGCCAAAGUUAUGAGGUCAGCAGCCUGGACCAAGUUAUCUUCCCUUAUCCAGAGGAUAAUGGCCAGAGGAAGAACAUAGAAAAACUACUGAACCACCUGGAACGAGGAGUAAUACUGUGGAUGGCACCUGAUGGCCUCUACGCUAAGAGACUUUGCCAAAGCAGGAUCUACUGGGACGGGCCUCUGGCGCUCUGCAGUGACCAACCCAACAAGCUGGAACGAGACCAAACAUGCAAGCUGUUUGAUACUCAGCAGUUUUUAGCAGAGCUACAAGCCUUUGCUCACCAUGGACGUCCACUGCCAAGAUACCAGGUUGCUCUUUGCUUUGGGGAGGAAUUUCCAGAUCCACAGAGGCAGAGGAAACUAAUUACAGCCCAUGUUGAACCAAUGUUUGCCAGGCAGCUGUAUUACUUUGCUCAACAAAACAGUGGACAUCUGCUGAGAGGCUAUGAUUUACCAGAACUUGUGACUAGUCCAGAGGAUUAUCACAGAUCUAUUCGCCAUUCCUCUAUUCAAGAAUAAGAUCCUCAGAAAGAGUGUCUUUAAAGGCAAUGCAAAGAUUGUGCAGAGUGGAGGAGCAGAUCUGGGUCACGAUUUGGAGAUCCACAUCACAGCUGGAUACGUUCAGGGGUUCAAUGAUAGGAAAAUGAACUAGGACAACUGUAUUGUACAAUAAAAGUGACGUGUCUUCAACAUUUGGAUGCUAUGUCUCACAUAGAGUUCCACUGUUGCUGAGAAUAACUCAAAACUGACAAAAUGAUUGCUAUGUUUACGUUUGCUUAAUGUUUUUCUUGGGUUUUGUGGAUUGAUACUAACCGAAGACUUCAGUCCAGAGUUUACACUGUUACCUUUGCAGGGCUA